ACUCUAGCAACUAAACCCAGCCUGUUAGCGAGGGGCGGGAGGAUGGGGCUUUAGGUACCGUCCAUCCGGACUCCGAUCCAAGCCCCCCUUCCACACAGAAAUCUCCCCCACCCCCAGCAGCAACUCUGCCCUUGCAUGGACCAGUGGGGUGGGGGAGCCGAGAUCUGGUUCUGCGCAUGUUUGAGAGGAGAUCGGAAACUUUUUCUUUGCUUCUGAACAGACUCCGAGGGCUGCGGGGCGGGGGAGGGGGGCAGAGAUUGAGGAAGAAAAUGGCGAGUCGUGGGAGUUGCGUGGAGAAAGCGGCUUUCCUCUGCGCCUUCCUGCUGGCCACUUGGAGCCUGGCGUCCUGCGCCCAAGCAGAGCCGGAGGAGGAAGGGCGAGACGACCAGCGGUCCUGUCACGGGGCCUUCGAUCUCUACUUCGUCCUGGAUAAGUCUGGAAGCGUCAGAAACCACUGGACAGAGAUCUACUCUUUUGUCGAGAGCCUGGCUGAGAAGUUUAUAAGUCCAAUGCUGCGCAUGUCCUUCAUUGUCUUUUCCUCGCGAGGCACUACGAUCAUGAAGCUAACAGAAGACAGGGAAGCCAUAAGACGGGGGCUUGAGAUUCUUCAGUCUGAAAUGCCUGGAGGAGAUACAUUCAUGCAUGAAGGAUUUAAAAGGGCAAAUGAACAGAUUUACCAUGAAAACUAUGGAGGACUCCGGACAGCUAGUGUGAUUAUUGCUCUGACAGAUGGGGAGUUGCAAGAGGUUCAGUUUUAUUAUGCAGAAAAAGAAGCUGACAGAGCCAGAAGCCUCGGAGCUAUCGUUUAUUGUGUUGGAGUGAAAGACUUUAAUGAAACUCAGCUGUCAACAAUUGCUGACAGCAUUGAUCACGUUUUCCCGGUAACGGGCGGCUUUUAUGCUCUAAGAGGCACUAUUGAUUCGAUUCUGAAGAAAUCCUGUAUUGAGAUCCUGGCAGCUGAACCAUCCAGUGUCUGUGCAGGAGAAUCCUUUCAAGUUGUGGUAAGAGGAAACGGCUUUUAUCACGCAAGAAACAUCGAUCAAGUUCUCUGCAGCUUCAAGAUCAAUGACACCAUAACAAUCAAUGAAAAACCGACUAUUGUUCAAGACACCUAUUUGCUUUGCCCUGCACCAGUAAUAGAAGACAUUGGACAGGUGGUUUUCCUCCAAGUCAGCAUGAACAGCGGGCUAACGUUCAUCUCCAGCUCUGUCAGCAUCACCAGCACACAGUGUCUCAGUGGGACGAUCCUUUUCAUCGCACUCUUAAUUCUGUUCCUGUUGCUGGCCUUGGCGCUGCUUUGGUGGUUCUGGCCUUUGUGCUGCACGGUGGUCAUCAAGGAGCCUCCGCCACCGCCGCCCCCAGAGCCUGAAUCAGAUGAUGAAGAUGGAUUGCCAAAGAAAAAGUGGCCAACCGUGGACGCAUCUUAUUACGGAGGCAGAGGUGUUGGUGGAAUUAAGAGGAUGGAGGUGAGGUGGGGAGACAAAGGAUCAACGGAGGAAGGGGCCAAAUUAGAGAAGCCCAAAAACGCCGUCAUCAAAUUGCCAGAGCAGGAGUAUGAGCCGUGGGAGCCCAAGCCAAAGAAACACAAUGUGAGGAAGCCACCUUCCCAGAGGAAGUGGUACACUCCAAUCAAGGGCAAACUUGAUGCGUUGUGGGCUCUGGUUCGACGAGGCUACGAUCAAGUCUCUCUUAUGAGACCACAGCCAGGGGAUAAGGGACGAUGCAUAAACUUCACCCGGGUGAAAUCAGACGGAAGCACAACCCCAUACUGCCCGCCGCCGAAGCACGACGCCACCCCCCUCAACAACACUCCGAGAAGCACCUCGCCUUCGGCCUCUCUGCAGCCUCCUUCCAGGCAGCCGCCUCCUGGACCACCUCCAUCCCGAGUGCCCCCGGGACCUCCUCCGGCGCGCCCGCCCCCACAACCCCUGGCUUAGAGUGCGGCAAAAACCAAGAUUGCUCUCUGCUGAGCAUGGCAUAUUUAUUGAGGCUUGGUUUACAGUCGAAAGAUAGCAAAUUUUU